ACAACACAAGCAGCAAAAUGCCACCACGAUUAAAUGUCACUGCGCUCACGCGCACAGUCGCAUUCCGACCUAGACCACAAGUACAAUGGCAUGCCCGACCUACGUUCCGACUCGCCCAAUUGCAACCCCGCCUGUACUCGGAUACAACCAAGUCUCCAGCUGCCGACCGGUCGAAGCGAGAGGAUGCGAAGCCGAUCGAACAUGUUUCCGAAGAGGCGGCUUCUAUGGCGAAAACCAUGGGAGAGAAGGGGCCUGAUCUCAGCCAGGGUACACCCAUCGAAGACGUGGUGAAAGGCGACAAGGCAGCACAAGAAAACCUGCCCAAAGUUAUGAAAGACAAACUCAACUCGCAAAAGCCAAAGACGACGCCCAACAUGACACCGAAUGGCACACGGUCAUACUCUACCAUGACGACACAAAGGAGUGGGGACACUGGCAUGGACAUGGGUCUCGUAGACUUGCAAUCUGCCUCAAAAGUGCCUACAACGCCUGGAUUGAAGUUCGAGAUGCCUUCCCUUCCACUUCCAAAAGAUGGUCAUAUCAAGCACCGACAUGACCCGAUAGUCGAUCAGGUUACCAAUCUGCUCAUGCGACAUGGCAAGAAGAGCGUUGCAGAGCGAACCAUGGCACUCAUUCUGCAACACCUACGAACGUCACCCAUUCCCAACAUUAAACCGGAAAGACCUCUGCUUCCAGGCGCGCCUCCGCCAUCACAUCUUCCACUCAACCCCAUACUGUAUCUCACUCUCGCUAUUGAUUCUGUCGCACCUCUUAUGCGCAUCCGAAGUCAAAGAGGUGCUGCUGGAGGUGGUGUCGCUCUUCAAAUCCCUGUCCCACUUGGACAGAGGCAACGACGACGUGUGGCUAUUGAUUGGAUCAUUUCGGCUGCAUCGAAGCGGAGGAAUAUGGGCAGUGGAAAGGGUAGCUUUGCUCAACGUAUUGCCCAGGAAAUGAUUGCUGUAGUACAGGGCACAAGCGGCAUCUGGGACAGGCGCAACGCCAUCCACAAGCUCGGCGUGGCUGCGCGAGCCAACAUUGUCUUGCCGAGGAAGAGGUAA